AUGACCUGCCAUGGCACUCCCCUGCAGCGUCUACCGCUACAGUCUCAUCACACCCCAACAAAAAUCAAUGCACCCGCAUCCCACAUACCAACCAUUCAACAUCUGCAACAGCCCUCAUAUCCCACGCAUUCGCCGACUCCUUCUCGCAACCAAAUGCCGCAUCACCCAACACCAAAACCGACUCCACAACAUCAAUUACCCAGGCAGCGUCAUUCGAGAAAACGCACCUCCUCCAACUGCAAUAAUACCCUCGACAGUCUCUCCGUCCUCUCUUCCCUGCGCUUCUCUCAUGACACUUCCGCUGCCGCUUUGCAACCACCAAUGCACCGCAGCACAGCAGAAGUCGCGUUACUCCAAACACCCACGCGCCUCCUCCCAGGUCUACCCUUCUAUCCGUCAACUGCAUCUGCGACGUCUCAAACGCCAUGUCGACGCACCCAUCCUUUGACAACCUGCCCUGCCACUUUCCUCCAGCGUCUACCGCUACAGUCUCAUCACACCCCAACAAAAAUCACUGCACCCGCAUCCCACAUACCAACCAUUCAACAUCUGAAACAGCCCUCAUAUCCCACGCAUUCGCCGACUCCUGCUCGCAACCAAAUGCCGCAUCACCCAACACCAAAACCGACUCCACAACAUCAAUUACCCAGACAGCGUCAUUCGAGAAAACGCACCUCCUUCAUUUGCUACAAUAACCUUGAGGUUCUCUCCGUCCUCUCUUCCCUGCGCUUCUCUCAUGACACUUCCGCCGCCGCUUUGCAACCACCAAUGCACCGCAGCACAGCAGAAGUCGCGUUACUCCAAACACCCACGCGCCUCCUCCCAGGUCUACCCUUCUAUCCAUCAACUGCAUCUGCGACGUCUCAAACGUCAUGUCGACGCACCCAUCCUUUGACAACCUGCCCUGCCACUUUCCUCCAGCGUCUACCGCUACAGUCUCAUCACACCCCAACAAAAAUCACUGCACCCGCAUCCCACAUACCAACCAUUCAACAUCUGCAACAGCCCUCAUUUCACACGCAUUCGCCGACUCCUUCUCGCAACCAAAUGCCGCAUCACCCAACACCAAAACCGACUCCACAACAUCAAUUACCCAGACAGCGUCAUUAA